CGAAAAAAACUGACUUGUUGUAAACAUUUUUAGAGAGAAGCGAACUAGAUCAUUAAACAUCAACCGCCAUGAUACACAUGAAAUUUUAUGCGCGCCACACGAAAAAAAAAAUGAUUCGUGUAUAACGGUAUGAUGUGUGCCAAUAUCAACAGGCGCUAGAUAGAGUGAGCAAGUGAGUGAGUGAGUGAGUGUGAGAGAGCACGAAACGGUGUAGGUACGAAUGUGCGUGUUGUUAUUUAUGAAGCAAAUUUUCAUUUAAUUUUUUUCCGUCACUUCAAUAAAUCUUCUUGUGUGCGUUGUUGUGAACGUUUCACAUCAAAAAAGAGUGACAGUGCUUGGUGAUGAGAUCUGUCGCGUCUUACGCAAUUUACAACACCUAACUACAAACUGUAUCAGUGUUAGUACAACACACAACGCCAAAUCGAAAAACUACUGCUGUUCAUCGACGCGGUAGUUUUGAUGGGCCAAUUCUGAUCGCCAACAGCGUCGACGUCGUUGUCGUUGGUUCUAAAUCAAAUUGUCAUGGGAAUAAAAGCAUCGAAUCACAUUAAUUAGUUGCAUUUCAUUGCAACAUCAAACACGAAAAUGAAAGUUUAGCAUCUACGAUUUGAAUCAUUGACACAUAUUUUGUUUUGGCGGCUUUUCCACUGUGAAUAUUUCAUUGGUAGAAUUGAAAGGCAUCACAUUUAUGCUAUGUCCAGAAAGCAGCAGUAGUAGACUGCUUAAGUAGUUGAAGAAAAAAACAUUUUUAGAUGAUCGACGUACACUUGUUCAUCAAUGCUUAUGAUGGUGUGAAAUCGAAUUUUCUGCCUGUCCACUGCCAAACUAUUCAGUUAAAACCGAAUGCUUUGCAUGAAUUUUUCAAAUAAAUUAUUCAAUUAAUCAGGUAUCUCAAAUGCAUCGCAACUAUUUUUCAACAGAAUGUAAGGUCGCCCUUGAAGAAAUCACACUUUUAAAGGAUUUUCCCAAUUUUUCAUUCCAAAUCCCCAAGUGAAAGCAAUAUAUACUUUUUUUGUCCCAAUUCUCAGAGUGGGUAAUCGCUCACAAAUGAUAGUUGCUUCAGAACAUCAAUGUUGAUUGAGCAAUCAAUAACGUAUCGAUUUUAGACGAAGGUUCAAUUUCCAAAAAGCAGCCAGAGAAAAACGGUUAUCACAAGUCAUAAAAAAAAUCAACAGACAUAAUUAUUUGGACAUUUGUUAUGUUUUCCACGCAACAAGGAUUUUAUUCUCACGAAAACUAUAUACUGCGUGUUUGAUCGUUAAAAUCAAGUGAAUUUAUUGCAAUCGUAGCAACUAACUACGUCCAAAAUCGAUUUGCAAUUGAUUGCUCAAUCCACGUCGAUGUUGUGAAAUUUUUAUUAUCUACGGGCAAUUAACAUGGAGUAUCUGUUUUAAGGAAAAUGUUUUCGCAUAGAAAAUGACGAUAUGUUCAUUUUAGUUGAGUUUGUGAAAUCAAAGUCUACGGUCUAUUCUCUGCAAAGCAGAAAAUCCUAAUCGAUUUUUUUUCCCAAAACCAAUUUUUCAAUGACCAAAUUCACCGUGCUUGAUUUGAAUAAAAUCUUAAGUGCACGAUGGGGAAUAAUAUCGGCCAGUUUACCAGCGCCGUAGCCAGGCUGGCGCAAUGGGUGCAUUGCACCCUCCAAAAAUUUCAAAGGUGCAACAAGUUCGGGCGCAAAAUCGGGUUUCAAAGGUGCAACAAAAGAAAAAUUUCGAUUUUGCACCCUCCAAUUUUUUUUUCUGGCUACGGCGCUGCAGUUUACUAACGCCACCCCAUAGUUUUUACACGACUUUUUCAAAUUAUUUCAUCGUAUUCUUUCUGGCCUGGUCAACUGUGGCAAGUGUACAGUUUGUUAUGCAUAACUAUGAUGAUUUGUUUCUUUCGUUGCAAACUUGUGCUAUGAUUAUCGGUGGUAUUCAAUCGGUCGCCAUGUACAUCGGCAUUGGAAUUAACUCGGACGAUGUGACAGCCUUGCACGAACGGUUGCAGUCAAUUGUUGAUGAAGCUGUGGAUGAAUCGAAAAUAUACGAGAAUUAUUGGCGACGCGAACAAUAUUGUCGCACAUUUACCGAAAGAGUUUCACGUUAUACACAUCUCGAGCAAGCAAUUUAUGUGUCCGCUUUUGCCAAAUCCAUUUUUUACCUUGUUACGGGCAAUUUUGACGCUGAGAAAUUAGUUUUACCAUACAAUCUGAAAAUGCCGUUUAAUACACAAACUAUAUUGGGUUGGUACCUGUUUUGGUUCGUUUGCGCUAGCAUGUCUUUUGCUUUUGCAUCGAUUCUGGUACCGGUGACCGGUUACUUUGUAUCUUGUUACCAUUAUAUCGCUGCCAUUUCCGAGCACAUUGAUAUACUGGCCGCAUCAAUUGACCGAGACAUUGACGAAGCAAUCGCUGAGCGAAAUCCUUACAAAACGGCCUACAUAUACAACAAAGUCCAUACGACAUUUCGCAAUUUGUUGGAAUUCAUCAGAGUAUUUAUGAUGUUUUCAAUUGGGUUGCAUCAAUGUACAGCUGUGGAAUAUUCUGGCUUUUACCACCAAUGGCACUUUUUAUUGCAAUGACCAUUUAUACACUGGAAUAUUGCGAAUUUGACCCGGUUACCGUUGGUUUUAGCAUCAUUUGCGUAAUGGUCGGUUUACUUUUAACUGCUACAUUUUGCAAUUAUGCAUCACAUGCAAUAGAUCAUAUUAAAGACAUUGGCUUUGCUGCCUACAAUUUGAAG